UCUUUUUUUAGUUCAGCCGUGCUAUUCGAUCAACUCUGACUCGCUGGAGACUUACAGCAAAGUUAAAGAAAUGGAGAAUAUUUAUGGGUUGCAGGAUUAUUCCAGUGAUGGAAACACUUUUCUGUUCACUUCUGAAUCGGUCGGGGAAGGACACCCAGACAAAAUGUGUGACCAAAUCAGUGAUGCAGUCCUCGAUGCCUACCUGAAAUUAGACCCAGAUGCCAAAGUUGCUUGUGAAUGUGUGGUGAAGACUGGCAUGAUAUUACUGUGUGGGGAGAUAACGUCCAAAGCUACAGUGGAUCAUCAGAAGAUAGUCCGGGACACCAUUGCCAAGAUCGGCUAUGAUAGCUCCAUUAAAGGCUUUGAUUACAAGACCUGUAAUAUCCUGGUCGCUCUGGAACAGCAGUCCCCGGACAUUGCCCAAAGUGUCUACAAAGACAAGGCUGAGGAGAACAUUGGAGCCGGUGACCAGGGUUUAAUGUUUGGAUACGCCACAGACGAGACUGAGGAAUCCAUGCCGUUGACCAUUUUGCUCGCUCACAAGCUAAAUGCAAAGAUAAGGGAACUGGAGAGGAGUGGAAUACUACUUUGGGUUAUGCCUGAUUGUAAAACGCAGGUGACUGUGGAGUACAAGGACAGCAACGGUGCCAUGGAACCCCUGCGUGUCCACACUGUGGUCAUCUCCGUCCAGCACAAGCCCAGUACCCCACUCGAGCAGAUACAGCAAGACCUCAGAGAAAAAGUUAUCAAGGAAGUUAUUCCUACAAAGUAUCUCGACAGCAGGACAGUUUAUCACCUGCAGCCCAGUGGGCGAUUUGUCCACGGUGGACCACAGGGUGAUGCAGGGCUCACAGGACGGAAGAUCAUCGUUGACACUUAUGGAGGAUGGGGUGCUCACGGUGGGGGUGCUUUUUCUGGGAAGGACUUUUCCAAAGUUGAUCGCUCUGCUGCCUAUGCUGCACGCUGGGUGGCAAAAUCCUUGGUAAAGGCUGGGCUGUGCAGGAGAGUUUUAAUUCAGUUAUCGUAUGCAAUUGGCAUCAGCUACCCGCUGUCGAUCUCGAUCUUCCAUUACGGGACCUCAACCAAAUCAGAAUACGAGUUGCUGGAGAUUGUGAACACCAACUUUGAUCUGCGCCCCGGAGUCAUUGUCAGGGAGUUGGACCUGAAGAAGCCCAUCUAUCAAAAGACAGCUUGUUAUGGACAUUUCGGCAGAGAGGAAUUCUCUUGGGAAAAACCAAAGAACUUGGUUUUUUAACGAAUUUCUGCAGUUUUACUUCUUCCUGAAAUUGCUGAAAGUUGAUGAAACGAUGGAACAGUACAAGUCUGAUGGAUUUUAAUCCCGAAGACAACACAUUUGCUUCACCACUUCAUGGCUCUUGUGUGGACAGAACCUGAUAUGCUCUGUCCUAGGUUGAACAAAGUGUAGUUAAGCCAUACAUCUAUUAUAAUUGAUUUUCCACAGAACAUUCUCAUGUCCAUGAAGCAAUUAUCUUACAUAAAAAUAAUAAUAAAAUAUAAUCUGCAGAAUUGUCGCUGCACCUGUAGAAUUGUUAUUGAAGAACAUCCUCAACAAACACCAAUGAAAAACACCAAUUGUUAUAUAAAAACAUGAAUUGUUAUAAAACUUGAAUUGUUAUAGAAAACAUCUUUAACACAAAACUAAUUAAAACAAGAAUUUGUUAUGGGAAAACAUCUUCAGCUACAAAAAUGAAAUUAAAGAAAAUAUUAAAGAUUAAAGAAAAAAUUGCCUACUUCAAAUCGUAAUCCAAACAAAAUCAAAAUGGUGGGAACUUGCAUCAAACCAUGUCAGGACCUCAGUUUCGGCUGACACUCCAUUGCAAUGUUCUCAACAUAAUGUUAUUUGGGAUCUAAAGCAAAUCAAUUAAUGUGAUAUACUGAGAAGUUUGUACCAUUUGUUCCUUGAAUGUAUGUGAGUCUACAAAAUAUAGUUACUACAGUUUGAUGUACUACACUUUGAUGUCCUGGCACAGGACACAUUCAACUGCUAACUUAAUCACUGGAGUCUUUAUUAAACCUCCCUAACAUUAUAAAUCAAAACAGCAUUGCCCUGAACUAGUUGGUGCACAGAAAGUUCACUAAUUUCAUAUGAAGGACGCAACCAAGUAAGGGGAAACUGAUUGCAGAUUCACACCAAAUGUUUUUUCUAGAGGUGAGCUGGACCACAAAAUUCACAAGAUUGCAAAAUGGUUGCAGUAGAAUCAGAAAGUUUGUAGCACAGAAAUAAACCAUUCAGCCAUUAAAUGUGCUGGUAUUGGUUCCUCCAUACUCUUAAUAUUAUUUUCCUCAAGUAAUUGUCCAAUUCCCUUUCAAAUGCUAUUUUGGACUUUGCUUCAGACAAUUUGGAUUAAAAUGUAAAACAUUCAUAUUGUCAGUAAUUAAUUAGUGUAUAGUCAGUCAUUCAUAAAUUGCAUUGGUAAUCACUGAAAAAUCUGGCUGUUAUUUCUAUUGCUGUGCAAUUUUUUUUAUUUUCACACUUUAUCAGAAUGAUAAAGCUAUCAAAAAUAAUUAUGUGCUCUAAACAUAUUUUUUAGAAACAGUAGAAUAUCAAGAUCUUAAAUAUGCUUUUACCAUCAUUUUGUACUUCAUGCUAAAAUAUUACAUUGUGGAGCUACGUUCGUGAGAUAUUGUGGAUGUGAAUUAUUACUGGCUAAUAAAUAUUCAAAAGAA